GUAGGCAGGGCUUAUGGCUGUCUGAUAGACGAGGAAACUGAGGCUAGAGAUACUGCAGGACGGGAGAAGACGAGGCGAGCCUGGUGACUUGAGACAAACAGUCUGAGACAUGGGCCCGACGGCAGCGGCAGCCUGAGGUCGAGAACUCAGGACGGCCCACCCUCCAAUGCUCCCUUCCUAGAUGGCGCAUAGGCCUUGGUCCGUCAUGGUCGCAGUGCUGCUAGUCCUGCUCGCCUGCCUGGGAGCGCUGGUGGACGCCUACCCCACCAAACCCGAGGCUCCGGGCGAAGACGCCUCCCCGGAGGAGCUGAGCCGCUACUACGCCUCCCUGCGCCACUACCUCAACCUGGUCACCCGACAGCGGUAUGGGAAAAGAGACAUCCCAGACGCUGUCUUCUCCAAACUGCUCUUCACUGACGACAGAGAAAACCUCCCCAUCAGGUCUCGGCCAGAAGGUGCCUACCAAUGGUGAAGACCCCAAGUCCUCUUUCGAGAUGUGUUAACUAUACCGACUUCAUUUGCAUAUUUGGUUCCAAGAGGGGACUCCGUAUCUUGGUGUCCCGGGUGCCCAGGCUUGGG